AUGGACUUUCCCCUCGGGGAUUUCUGCUUGACCUGCGACCGACGGACUAACGGCGCUACAUUCUGUUCCCUUCCUUACCGGCUUAAACAACUAGACUAUUUUAACCUUACUGAAUCGACACUAUACUCGUUAAUCUCCUUCUCGACAGCUAGAUUCUACCUUCCACCGGCUUAUAACUUCUCGAUACACCGCCCCUUAUCUUCUAAGCCCUUACCUAUAUCUAAAUCC